CAAACUAUCAAGAGUUUCAAAUCCUCACGAACGCACGCAUAUAAAAGUGUUAAAAAUUAUAUAAAAUUAUAAUAUUCGUUAUGAAUUCCAUUUUGAAUCCUGACGCUCCGGAGUUCUACCCGCAUCUAGAAACAGUUACACAGAACGGCUAUACAUCUGUAAAUAAAACUUUAAAAGCAUCAACUUAUCUGCCAUCUGGAGAAUCGCAAGAAAUAUUGAAAACUUUCACAAACUUCAAUAUUAUCAAGUGUCAGCUAACUGAAAACAUCAUUGUACAAUCUAAUCAAAUAGUUAUAAACGAAUUACCCACGAUGUUGAAAAACGACGACCUUGAACACAACAUGGAAACAAUAAUCGAUGUGAAUGACGUUAUGUUAGACAGAGUCAAUAUUAACAUAGAUGCAGAGAGUGGCACUAGUAAACCAAAUGACCAAUUAGUAAACAAUAGCAGGAAUGUGUCGGCGUGGAACGAUGGGCCAGUUCAUGCGAAGAUAAAGAUGGGUUCGACCUCAUUUUUUGGUGCUAAACAUAUACCACGACCGCAGUUAACUUUCAAAGACACCAUUGAUAAUUCGGAGAACUUGUGGGUGCCAAAAAUAACAGAGAAACCUAACAAUAUCAAACCGCUUGCUUUGAAUUUACUUUAUAACGACGAUGGCGAAGCAAUUGGAUACGAACAUCCUUACAAAGAGGAAUUGGACUUAUAUCACCCUCCCUUAGAAUUUACUGAUCGUGGCCCUGAACCUCCUAUAUUCCCUCCUCCUUUGGAAGAAACGAAUUUCACCUAUAUUGACACAGAGGCGUUACUCGACGAACUGGUAAAGCAUCUAGAAACUGUUAAGGAAUUGGCGAUCGAUCUUGAGCAUCAUGCGUACAGAACUUAUCAAGGCAUAACUUGUCUAAUGCAGAUAACUACGAAUGAAGGAGGCGAUUUUAUAUUGGAUACAUUGGCCUUACGGGAACACAUAUAUAGACUGAAUGUUAUUUUUACGAAUCCGACAAAGGUCAAGGUCUUUCAUGGUGCUGAGAGUGACGUUUUGUGGCUUCAGAGGGAUUUUGGUGUCUAUGUUGUUGGGUUGUUUGAUACCCAUCAAGCAGCAAAGGCACUAAAAUUCCCUGGGCUAGGUUUGAAGAACCUACUUAUGUAUUAUUGCAAUGUGGAUAUUGACAAAAAGUAUCAGUUAGCGGAUUGGCGUAUACGACCGUUGCCACAGGAGUUGAUUGAUUACGCCCGGAUGGACACGCACUAUUUACUGUACAUAUGGAGACAAAUGAAGCACGAUUUGUUACAAGCGGCCGCUGAACAGCCGCAAUUAUUGCUGUCCGUAUUCGAACAGAGCAGACAAGUUUGCGGUCUCACUUACAACAAGGAGAUUAUUAAAGAGGAUAGUCAUAUGCCAAUGUACAUAAGGUCGAGAAAACUCUUCAACGCCCGACAGAUGGCAGCGCUAAAAAUCCUUUACAAGUGGCGAGAUUCGCAGGCGCGACUACUCGACGAGAGUCCUAAAUACUUAUUACCGAAUCACAUGAUGCUGGCACUCGCCGAGAGUCUACCAAGAGAGGUGCAGGGCGUGAACGCCAUUUGUUAUCCUGUGCCGCCUUUCGUGAAACAAAAUUUAAUAACAAUACACAAAAUGCUACUGUCGUGCCGCCAGUUGCCCGUAGAGCCGCAACUGUAUCAGAUGCCGACAAGCAUUAGAAACAUGGUGAAUGCCGUCCGUUAUACGGCCUCGUACAAUGUCCACGACCUCUCGCACUUCCCAGACAUCAGUGAAGAGCAACAGGUGAACAUGGACAAUGCUACGUUAUUGACGAAGGAUUUGAAAUGUCAGCCCGAUAUAUUGGCCUUUAAAGAUACUAGUAACAGCAAUAAAAAUAAAGACAUAGUGUCGAGUUUGAACGUGGACGCAAAGUUAUUCAUCCCACCUUAUGAACGAUACCGGAAAUAUCGUUCCUUAGCUCAGGUGGAGGAAAUGGAAGAAUACAAAUGUAAAGAAGCAAAAAUAGCAGCUAUAUCGAAAGGCAACGAGCUCAUCGAAACGGAAGUGCUUGCCAAGGUACAACAAGCGAAAGAGCAAAUAGAAUACGAUACAAAAAAGAAAGGGACAAAAGUCGACGAUGUUGUUGUUAGUAACAACGUUCACCUUGAAACGAAAUCGCAACGCAAAAGAAAAAUAUCAUCUGACAAAGUGGAAGGCAAAGAUGAUACUGACCGUAUCAUUCAAAACCCCACAAAAGAAACAAAAUCGAACCACAAAUUGGAAAACAUUUACAAAAAUAUUAAUUAUAAGAAAUUCUAUAGUGAUAAGGAUACGGGAAAGGCCAAUCCUAAAAUGAAGUUUAGAAAGCAAAAAUGAUGUUUUUAGACAAAAUAGUUAUCUAUAUACUUGCACAAUAGAAAAUAACAUUUUAUGCAAACGACUCAACAAUAAGCAUAAAAAAUUUGUGCAUGUGAAUAGACAUAAUUAAAAUAUGAAUGUAGGUUUUAAAAAUAAUAUUGAUGAAAUAAUUAUUAUAAGCGAAACUAUAUUACAAUUCGAUUUUUAAA